CCGACCACCAAGAAGAACCACCCAAAAAAAUCAUGAGGAUGUCUUUCGAGUCGGUCUCGCGGAAAGCAGAUGCUAGUACGCAAACAGAGACGGAGCCAAAUGGCCAAGCGGCGAUAAUGGCGGAGCUCGCCAUUGUGAAGAAAGCGUUGGGGAUACAGACGGCGCUAAUGCGCCACAUGGCAAUGGCAAUGGGAAAAACAAACAGCGAGGUGCGCCGGGUUUGCUUCCCGUUGGAGUCGGUCUUGCAAAUUGUAGAUUUGAAGGAGCAGAUUACGUCGGAGAGGAGCAAAAAUUAUACCUCCCAAGUGUCUGCCCUCCUCGGCCAAGCGGCUUUGCAGAAGUCAAUUAAAAAUUUUUCUCCGAAGCUGUGA